AGCUCUUAACUUUGCGCAUGUACGGCCAAACUGAACAUUGCAUCGACUCCAAGAUGGCGUUAACACGUCUGGCUUGCAUUUUGGUCCUGCUCUCAACUCACUGCUACUUCAACGUAUUGGCAGUAAUACUGAAAACAACGAAUGAUGCGCCAUGGGCCAACGAGUUUGAAUCUAUCGAAUUGUCCUGUUUGAUAGAGUCCAUCUCCACAAAAAACCCAAGAAUCGAAUGGAAGAAAAUUAAGGAUGGGGAGCCCAGUUAUGUCUACUUUGAGAAGAAAAUCUCAGGAGAUUUGGAGGGCAGAGCAAUGAUCAGAGAGCCUGCGACAUUGGUGAUAACCAACGCCACAAGAUCAGACUCAGCCAGUUACCGUUGCGAGGUCAGCGCCCAGACUGACCUUAAAUCCUUUGAUGAGAUUUUGAUCAACCUCGUCGUAAGAGUGAAGCCAGUGGUGCCGAAAUGUGCUGUCCCCAAAUCGGUGCCUGUAGGGACGGCGGUAGAGCUGCGAUGCGUGGAGGAUCAAGGUUUCCCCAAGUCUCAGUACCAAUGGUUCCGUAACAAGGAGGAAAUCCCAGAUGACCCCAAGACCAGCCCUAAGUUCAUCAACUCCUCCUACACGCUCAACGCCGAAACAGGCACCCUGAAAUUCAGUGCUGUCAGAAUGAACGACUCAGCAGAGUACUUCUGCCGAGCAAAGAACGACGCGGGCCACUCAGAGUGUGGACCGCAGACAAUGGAAAUCUAUGAUAUCAAUAUCGCCAGGAUCAUCCUGGGAGUGCUGGUGGUGGUGCUAUUGUGCAUAACAGUGGGCCUCUGCUUUGCGUACAAGCGUGGCUACUUCGCCAGCCAGAAACAGACUGGAAACAAUUACAAAGCACCAGAAAAAGGAGAAGGGGUGGACUACGUCAGAGCCGAGGACGAGGGCGACUUCCGACACAAAUCUUCGUUUGUCAUCUGAAGAGAAAGACGAAGGUCAUGGAAGUGAAAGGUGUGGUACUUUGGACGGAACUCAUUAAGUGUAUGAGAUGACCAGUGAGCUGCCACAGUACGUGCCUUGAGCUCUCAGCAUGUCUGAAAUGAUUCAAGUUUGCCAAAGAUGACAAGUUUUCACAUCUAUAUAGAACUGUUAACCAUUGUUACAGACAAGUUUUGAAACCAACUUGUUGACUGCUUUCAUCACCAAUCAACUUAUUUUGCUAAAUUAUGGAGUUAAGUUAGUUGUUGCAUGUUUUAAAAGGUAUUUAACAUCAUCUGCGGGAGGAAAAAAAACAUUUAUGUAGGAUCUUCUGCUAGGAGGGAAAAAAGUAUUUAGCUAAGUUCUGAAGUAAAUGUAACAUAACACAUUUCUACUGUAAACAUUUGCUUCAAAAAACUUUGUCAUUUAUAACUUUUUUUUCUACCAGCAAAAAUGUCAGACUAUUUUUGAUGGAAUAUAUUUUGAAACGCCUAUAAAGGUUUACUUUUUUAAAUAUUUGUAAAAUACUAACCGUUUUUUUUAUUUGGUUUUGGGAAAAAUAUCUAAGUUUCAACCACUCAAUAUUCAGCUGUAAACAGUCACCUUUCCUGAUCAUGAAAAAAAAAAUGUAAUUACAAAACCUAGCAUAUCAAGGUUUUCCUCUAGAAUGGUCUUAGAUAUUUUAUUUACUGCUGGGAUUUCCAUGUUAAUAUUGAAAGAAAGUUACAUGUUGAUGUUUGUAUUGUAGAUAUAGUCUUAGACAGUAGGAGGCUUCAAAGAGUACCAGCCAAAAGCUAGGAAACACUGUACACAAUCAGUGGUGCAUAUCCUUGAUUUUAAGUGUCCUUCUGUGCUUUCUGUUUAUCUUGUAUAUUUUGAAUAUACUGUCCAGGUUGUUUUUUUUGCUGUAUGUCAGGAAUAUGUUCAGUAUUUGUAAUAAUACAGGGUUGAUGUUGGCUAACAAUUGUACUGAUUGUAUAUAGAUAAUUGUUUGUUCCCUCCCACCCCCACCAAUCGAGACUAUGGUGAAAAACAUUGGAGAAUAAUCAGAUAUAAAACUACCAAAAGGAGGCAAUAUGAAACUCUUUCCAUGGUUUGAAAAAGACAUGGUCAUGGUAGAGCUGAUCUGCCUAAUGUUUGCACAUAGGAAGAUAUCAAUACUGUUCAAUCAUCUCUACUCCAGGCAAAAAUAACUGAAAAAUGAAUUUGAAAUAGAAAAUUGAAGUAAACGACUUUGGGAAAAUGUCAAAUACCAUUUGUCUAAUUCAUUUCAGACAUUUCCAAGAGUUACAAAACAUUCUGAGAUACAUACACAACAAUUGCCUGAUACACAAAUAGUUUUUCACAAAACAGGUACUGAAGUUUUUCAUUUGUACAUUGAUAAAGAUCAUUCCUUUUAAGUGCCUUCUGCCAUUACAACAAUAGAUCAGCUUCAACACUUUUUUUUAACAAACUUUAAUAGCAUUUUUAACUCUACAAACAGCGUUUGAGAGGAAUGAUGACAUUGCCACCUAUUCUUAAGACAGGAAUAGUAACAUUUUCCCACCCAAAUAAUUUGUACAUAUCUGCUUUGCUUUGUAAAUAGAUUCUCGUUUUACAUUCUUUGAAGGAUUAAACUCGUUUCCAUUGGAGUAGAAAUAGAGAUGUAUUAGUGCCUAAAUAUAGUGGGAAUUAUUUUUGGUAAAGAGUAAAGACACAGCACUAGUACACAAACAGAAGAACAUAUACAAAGUUUAACAGACUAAAUGGAUGGAGAAACACAAAAGCAUGUGGCCUACAUUUACCAUAAAGCCAGAAAACACCUGAAACUUCCAAGGCAUUGAAAAUAGAUGUUAUUUACAAGCCCUUUCUUUAAAACCUACAAUUUAGUUGUAAAUACACAGUGAAAGAUGUAUUCCAAUACAUGUUCUGUGGUUGGGGCUAGCUAAGCCAAAUUAUAACUGCCAAUCACGUUUCCUCCAAUCCAAAGAUCAUGAGGUUCCAUCUAUCCAGUGUUGAAAAUCUUCCUCUAAUUUCUCCAAUGCUGGAGGUUGGCAUUGAAGUCAUGUCAAGGUUCAAGCUUUUCAAGUGUUCACAUGUUUCAUUUAUUGAUGACAUUUUCUGAACCAAACUCAUGUAACACCCAUCUCAGGCCAGGUACAAAUCCUCUGAGAAUUCUUAAACCGUAUGUCUAUGAAUAAUAAAACUCACUUCUAAUAUUCUGACAUGUGCAGUGGAUUUUAAUUUACAAAAAUAAAAACAGAAAAUAUUAGAUAGGACAUUGAGUGUGUUCAGUGCGGACAGAAGAGAACAUGAAAAAGAGAAAAAUAAACAACUUUUGCUGGA